AUGGCUACACCGCCAGGAAGCAAGCAUGAAAGAAAGAUUGACAAUGAGCAGGACUUGAAGGAUACAAUGGACAGAGAGAUCAAUCUCGACAUCGCUGACAGCCUCCUCCAGACGUUGAGAAAGCAAGAAGACGGGCCUGCAAAGCCACUGGUGCUGUCGUCGUACAACAACAAGGGUGGGGUCUUGAAGACAACCACUUGCGUCGAGGUAGGCUUUGCUCUGGCAGAGAUGGGAUUCAACAUUCUGCUGGUGGAUCUUGACUCUCAAGGCUCUCUCACAAAGUCCUUGUUGUACCUGGAGGAUCCUGAGAAGGAAAUAACAUUCUCCAAGAGAAUACGUGUCGGCGGCCCGAAUGGAGAUCGCUUGCCAGUGGAGGAUGACAACGGCUUGCCGAUCAUCAGAGAGGUCUUGAACGGUCUGACUGAGAUAGUCAACCCAGAGGAUACCGACACUAUGCCCAAGAAGCUGACUCCAGUCCUCAUACAGGAACAAGGGCAGCCUGAAUUCCUAAACCCUGAUCCCUCGAUGCGAGAAUCCAAUCCCACCCUGAUGAAGAAGUUCGAGAAGCGUCGAUUCGAUAAGGCCUGCAAGAUACAGCACAUCAUCUCCAAGAAGCGCGGCAAGGCUCAGGGAUCUGUACACCUUGUGAUCGGGCACCACAACACCUCACAGAUAUCGAAUCGAAUUGCUGUCGCAAAUCAGUUCGAGAACGACGCUAGCUACCAGAGGAUUCAUGGGAGCGUCAAUUGGCUGAUCAGACAGGCAGCACAGGAUGUCAAGGCAGACAUCGUGAUGGUCGACUUGAAUCCGGACUCAAGCCAACUCAAUCAAUGCGUCAUCAUGCAGUCCGAUUACCUUCUGUUGUCCACCUGGCCGGAUCCUGACGGCAUCGAGUGCAUGGUUGACCUCAAUUGCCGGCUGAUUCAAGGAUUGAGGUCACAAAAAGAUGACAACUAUGAUUCCCAGGACGAAUACUAUAUGAAGAAUCGACAAGCUUGGAUCCAGAUGCAGCAAGACCUGUACCAUCGCACCAGAGAGAGGAUUAAAGAUGUCAACGCUCAUCUGAGGGUUGGGCCGAACAUGCCGACUCUUCUUGGAGUUGCUGUUCACUCCAAAGAGCCAUACCGACACCUCCGGGAGUCCGAGCAAAUCCUCUCUGACAAGAUCUUCAAGAAAUACAGAACCCUGCAGGAAGACCUUCAAGAGAACGUAUGGGUAUUUGUCAAGCAUGGGUCGAUCCACACCAUACGCAAGCUGACGGCUCGUUCAGGAACUUCAGGUGGUGGCUGCGAGAUGACUAUCAACCAUCCCAAGGCACAGCACUGCCUUGGAGGAAUAUGGAACCAUCAGACGCUCAAGUCACUGAGCAAAUCGCUGAGAAAGCCGAUCGCCAACAUUAACAUCCGAGACCUUGCUGGCCGUGAGCCCUCGGAGGAGGAAGUGAUUCUCAAGGAGGAGUACUCUUCUAAGAACAUCGACGACGCCAUGAUGCAUAUCGCUGAGCACAGAAUUCGGAUGCAUCGCAUCGCCCGGGCGAUUCUUCACAACAUCUCCUUGAGCUUGACCCAGAUCAGGCCUGAAUUCCGACACGACUGGACCAGCCCGGAACUGCUGACCGUUGACUGA